AUGUUCUUCCAGACAGAGAAGACGGCUUCCUGGGUCUUGAUUGAUGGCAUUGUAGGAGGAAAGUGUUGGAACACCAAGGCCAGGAAGAGCCUACCAUCAGCCCUCAACCUGACGCCCGUGAACCAUCGGGCCAAAAACAUCAUCCUUUUCCUGGGUGAUGUUCUGGAGGAAACAAAGCAAAGCUUGCGAAGAGACCACGCACUGCACAGCGUCCCUGUGGUCUUCACCAAAGGGGAAACCGUCCCCCGCGUCAGCCUCACCUCUGGGCGGCUCUCAGGAAUCGCCAGGGCCAUUUCCUUGUCAGUGACAGAGAAGCUUUCAGGGCAGGAAAGAACUCCCGAUCCAGAAUACCCGGAUGGUCCAAGGAAUGGAGCCAGGAAGGACGGCCUGAGCCUCACCAAAAAGUGGCUGAGUGGCAAACAGGGUGCUCCAUUUGUCUGGAAUGAAUCAGCAGCUGCGAAUGAAAAAGCCCCUGACCAUCUCAUGGGCCUCUCUGAGCCCAAGGACAUGGCGUAUGAACUCAACCGGAUCCGAAAGAUGGACGCCUCCAGAAUGGAGAUGGUGGACAAGGCCAUCCGGAUCCUCUGCAGAAAUCCCAGGGGCUUCUUCCUCUUUGCAGAAGAAGGCAGGACUGACCGUGGGCAUCACAAGGGCAGAGUGAAGCAAGCUGUGACGGAGGCAGGGAUGGUGGACUGUGCAGCUGAGCACGUCGGCAGACUGACCGGUGCCUCUGACACUCUGACUGUAGUUACUGCCGGACAUUCGCACGUCUUCACCUUUGGGGGCAACGCGCCACGUGGGAACAGCACUUUUGGACUGGCACCCAAAAAAGCAACAGACGAAGAAGCUUCAGGCACCAGCACCCACUACAGGAAUGGGCCGGGCUACAGCCUCGAAAAUGGACAUUGUCCAGAUGGGAUUUCAGAAGCAUUUGAGGACAAAGAUUGGAGGCAACAGGCCGCUGUGCCCCUGAGCUCUGCCACUCAUAGCGGUGAAGAUGUAGCCAUCCUGGCCCAGGGUCCCCCGCCUCACCUCUUUCAUGGCAUCCAGGAGCAAGCCAAGGAACGUGAAAUGUAG